AUGAACUUAAAUGCCAAGACUUGUGAGGAGUUAUUGAAAAUCGAUUUGGUUGAGAGAACAAUCGACUCUGUAUUUUUUUUCUCUAUGUGUCGUGAACUGUGUGAGACUUGCGAGAGUGAGAAGGGGAAGGGUCACAUCGACACAGGCUGUAGUAUAGCUUCUUUCUUUGCAUCGUACCUACGUACAGAACCGCUAAGUUUCAGAGAACAAUUUAUUAAGAAAAUGCAGAACUACACCGGUUUUCCGUUCAGUGGCGACGACGACGACAAUAAACUCUGGACUUCCUUCAUCGAACAAUCUGACGGCAGUGCAUAUGAUGAUUUCGACGCACCUCUUUACUCUCCGAUCUUCCCUACCAGUACUCCGCCUCAUCACUUCCCCGGAACUCCGAACACAACACCUCUGUCACUACCACCAAUCGUCAUGGAUUACAGCCACAGGCAUUCAAUGGAUUUUGCACCGUUUCAAGACCUGAUCGACCGGCGUAACUGGUGCCUCUCUAACCUCCGUCUCACCGCCAAAGAAGCCGAAGCGCUCCGCCAAGAGAACGUUAACCUUCAAAUGGCAAAUUCUGAACUAAACAAACAACUGUCUCACUUGCAGCAACAAGCAGCUUCAGCUUCUUCUCUACAGAACUACGCUAAUGCGACUAUAUUUCCAUCGGCGAAUUCCCUUUCCGAUUGUUUUGGACGGAUCAGGAUCGGAGAGAAGGGACCUCCGGCAACCGACAAACGGUCAGCCCGUGGAGUGGAGAACGUGGAUCCGGUUAAGAAAACGGAAGUGGAGCGGGUUAAAUUGCCCAAGAGUAUUUCUGUCCGAUCCAAUGGGUACUUGAAGACAGUUCAAACUGGUGAUGGCACUGCUAGUCGGGCACGGGUUGAGGAUCGGGUAAAAUCCACUUCUGAUACGCAAAGAGUGUAUGUACGAGGGAAGAAACAGGAGGAACCACUGGAACUUCAAGUAUACAACCAAGGAAUGACAAAGACUGAACUCUGCAACAAAUGGCAACAAACUGGUGCAUGCCCAUAUGGAGAUCACUGUCAAUUUGCCCAUGGCAUAGAAGAGCUCCGCCCAGUUCUACGCCACCCACGCUACAAAACAGAAGUCUGCCGGAUGGUCCUCGCCGGAGAUCCUUGCCCAUAUGGCCACCGCUGUCAUUUCCGCCAUGCUCUCACCCAGGAGGAGAAGCUCAUUAGCCGCCGCCGCGUCAACAGUUGA